CAUAAAAGUAAAAGUCACUUCAAAAGCGUUCACUUCUCAUCACUCUCUCUUUCUCUGCCACACAUCAUCCAGCAGUCGCAGGCAUUGCAGCAGGGCGCUGCACCUUUGCUUCUCAGUUUUGGCAGAUGAGAAAAAAAAAAAAAAAAAAAAAGAAGAGAAAGAAAGAGAAUACUUGAAAACAACCCAUCUGGUUUAGACGCAAAUUAAUACGUUUGACACCUUUGAUUUGAUAUCUAAAACUAAAAGGCCCGUUAAGGACUUUAUUGUCUUAAAAGUCUCGGUCUUUUUACUCUUCUGAGUGCUGGGUCUUGCUGCUUUCAAAUAAUGCCGAGCUUGCUUUCAUAUCAGUCUCCGUAAUUCACAGCUAUGAACUCGCACUACAAAACCCAAGUUUACAUUUACAAACAACGACUUCAGUUUAUCAUUUAGUCAGGUUUUCUUGUGUUUUGCGAUGAUGGGUAUGAUUGAUUUGAAUACCACGGACGAGGAGGAAACGCCGUCGUCUGGGUCUACUUCGCCUUCUUCGUCCUCUGCUUCUCAUUUAAGCGCUUCUGCUCUGGGUGCUAUUGGUUUAAACGGUUCGGGUGCUGGUUCGGGUUCCGUGUGUUUGGAGCUAUGGCAUGCUUGUGCGGGUCCAUUGAUAUCGUUGCCAAGGAGAGGGAGUGUUGUGGUGUACUUCCCUCAAGGCCAUUUGGAGCAACUCUCUGAGUCUAGGGCCUCACCCUGUGAUCUUCCUCCUCACAUUUUCUGUCGUGUUCUUGAUGUGCAGCUUCAUGCAGAGGCCCCAACAGACGAGGUUUAUGCGCAGGUCUCACUGGUACCUGAAAGUGAGCAUAUUGAACAAAAGUUGCAAGAAGGGAAAGUUGAGCCAGAGGGUGAAGAGGAGGAUAUUGAUAUGACUAUGAAAUCAGCAACGCCUCAUAUGUUCUGCAAGACCCUCACUGCUUCUGAUACUAGCACCCAUGGAGGAUUCUCUGUUCCCCGUCGAGCUGCUGAGGACUGCUUCCCUCCAUUGGAUUAUACUCAACAAAGACCUUCACAAGAGCUAGUAGCAAAGGAUCUGCUUGGCCUGGAAUGGAGGUUCCGACAUAUCUACCGAGGGCAACCACGGAGGCAUUUGCUCACUACUGGAUGGAGUGCUUUCGUAAACAAGAAGAAACUUGUUUCGGGAGAUGCAAUCCUCUUUCUCAGGGGUGAUGAUGGAGAAUUGAGACUGGGAAUUCGAAGAGCCGCACAAAUAAAAUACAGUGCUUCUGUUCCAGCUCUCUGUAGCCAGCAGAUGAAUCACAGCAGUUUCAUUGAUGUGGUGAAUGCAAUCUCUAGGAGAAGUGUUUUCAACAUCUGCUACAAUCCAAGGGCCAACUCGUUGGAUGUCAUAGUACCCUUGCAUAAAUUCCUAAGGAGCCUUGAUUAUUCUUUUUCUGUUGGAACAAGGUUCAAGAUGCGCCUUGUAACAGAAGAUGCGGCUGAAAGAAGAUACACCGGAGUAAUAGCUGGUAUCGCUGACGCAGAUCCUGUGAAAUGGCCUAGGUCGAAAUGGCGAUGCCUUCUGGUUAGGUGGGAUGAUGGCGAGGUCAAUAGGCUCAAUAGGGUGUCUCCAUGGGAGAUCGAACCAUCUGGUUCUGUUUCCAGUUCCAGUAGCUUGAUGAUGCCUGGUUUAAAGAGGACCAGGACUGUAUUGCCUUCAGAAAAACCAAAAUUUGUUGCUCCUGAUGGAAUUGGGGCAUCAGAUGUUGGAGAACCUUCAAGGUUCUGGAAGGUCUUGCAAGGUCAAGAAAUUUUGGGUUUUAAUCCUGUUCCCAAUGGUGUUGAUUUUCACAGUCUGCAUCAAUCUGAAAUAAGGAGGUGCUUUCCUGGUACACACAGUUCUGGGACUGUUGCAAUAGGAAAUGGUUAUGGAGAUCCACUUGUGAGCUCCGAUAUUCCCAACAGAAGCGUAGGUUUUGAUGAAUCUUUCCAAUUCCGUAAGGUCUUGCAAGGUCAAGAAAUAUUGCCAAGCCCAUCAUAUGAACGAGCCCCAGAUGUUAAUGUGGCUCGUGAAUUUGGCAGCAUUGGGAUCUCCUCUGGUGUUCAAGUGCCGAGAUGGAUAAAAGAACGUUCUGCCCAUAUCCAUGGAUUUGAUUCUCAUAUGUGCCUCCCCGCACCACCCACACAAGUGUCAUCACCAUCUUCAGUGUUAAUGUUCCAGCAAGCAAGCCAUCGUGCUUUGAACUUCAAUCAACCAUAUGGUUUCAAUGAGCAGCAGGAUCAGCGAGUUGGCAAUCGAAGUUUGGUUUAUAUUCCCGAAACAUGCAGAGAAAAGCCAAUCUCAUUUUCAUCAAGUGAGCGUAGUUUCAGAGGUAACCAUCAGGGGAGCACAAAUCAUCUUGGUCUAUCCAAUGAACGUAUGCAGCAUGGUGAUGCAGGACCUCUUGUAGGUCAAUCGGCAUAUAGAAGUAAUUCAGAUUUGGUGUCAUCAUGCAAAAGCAGCUGUAGACUCUUUGGUUUCUCAUUGACCGAGGACCGACAUGCUGCCAAUUUACAAGAAACUGAAAAUUCAUUGACAACUCCACUGACUACUGGAUCUUCUUGUGUCCCUGGUGUGAGAGACUGGUUCCACACUAAGCCUCCAGCAAUGACCAAGGCAGCUGGAAGCGACUGUACCAAUGUAAUUCUGCAACACAGACUUGAAGCUUAUAACAUCUAUUAGUUAAAUAAUGGUGGCCUCCAAGGUUGUGGAAGAGAGGAUGCCAGCCUUUAGUUUGUCUGAAUUGUAUGCCAUUUGUUUUCGUUUUGUUAGGAGAAAGUGUAAUUCAUCUCCUGAAGUAACUUUGACAGUAUCCGACUCCUUAGCUAUGAAAAGAACCGUCUGUUUACAGCUGGUUAAGUUCCUGCUGUAAUCUUUCUUCAUUAUUUAUUGGAAUGUAAAACAUUUGUGGGGUUACCCUGCAAAUUGAAAACAGAAUGAUUGCAUGGUACUCUUGUUUAUCUACAAGAAACAUUGUUGAGUUUCA